AUCAUUAACAAAACUCAACUGCAGGCUGACUUCACACUGCAGCAAAGACUUUGGGGCUCCUUUUCAGUUAAAACAAUAAUGAGUUUCUUGGAAUGUAAUCCCAGUGGAGCCUGUUUUCUGUAUAGCUUGAAAAAAUACCUAACCACCGUUGGCAAUUCUGCAGAGACCUUAUAAAGACCACUGUACGCAGAAAAACUGACUGUCCCUGGGAUGGUCAAGGGGAGCUUAAGAAUCGUGGCUAUCAAUUCACCUUCCGGAAGUUUCAACCACUGCUACUCAGAGCUGCUGCUGCAAUACCAUGUCUAAGAACUCAGAGUUCAUCAACCUGUCAUUUUUAUUAGAUCAUGAGAAGGAAAUGAUCCUGGGAGUCCUAAAGAGAGAUGAAUAUUUGAAAAAAGUGGAAGACAAGCGAAUAAGGAAAUUGAAAAAUGAACUCUUAGAAGCAAAACGGAGAAGUGGGAAGACUCAACAGGAAACCAGCAGAGUCUGUGUUCACUGUCAGAGAAACCUGGGCUUAAUAUUUGACCGGGGAGACCCAUGCCAGGCCUGCUCACUGAGGGUGUGCAGCGAGUGUCGGGUGGUGGCCCUGGAUGGCAGCUGGAAGUGCACAGUCUGUGCCAAAGUCGCGCAGCUAAGGAUUAUAACUGGAGAAUGGUUUUUUGAAGAAAAGGCAAAGCGUUUCAAACAAGUCAAUGUUCUGGGCACUGAUGUUGUCCGACAGUCCAUCCUAAGAAGAAGUCCAGCUGAAGAAAUACAAACCCAUGAGCAAGCGCACCAGGAUGUGGAAAAAUCAGACACUUCACCUUCUAGUGGGCAGAAGGCCAACCAUGAUGGGCCCAGGAGAAAGGGAUUUCUUCUUAGCAAGUUCAGAUCAGCAACCAGAGGAGAAAUCAUAACUCCAAAAACUGAAAGUGGGCGGAGCUACAGCUUGGACUUAGACAGCCAAAAUUUUCGGAGUUUAAAGUUGGCUACCAGUUCUGACAGGGGAAGCACUGGUUUGUCAGAUUUCAGUGGCCAGGAGGCUGGUCUUGGCACCCCUAAGAGCAGUCGGAACAGUGGCAUGACCCCAGUCACUCAAAGGUCACCGGCCCCAAGCACACGCAACAUGACCUCGGUCGGCAGUAGAGAGUAUUGUUUUGAAAAUUCCAUGAGUUUAGCUACCAUUGAAAGCACUUCUGAGGACCUUGCAAAGAGUCAUCGCAGAAACGCUUCAGGCACACCUUCCAUAGCUGUGUCUGGGACCUCCCUCUCCUCAGACCGGAGUCGAUCUGAAUUAGAUUUGAGUGGGUCAUUUUCAGAAGACUUAGAAGACACUGGAAGCAUAAGAAGCAAAUCUGUUCCUGGGGCUUUAGACAAAGACUUGGACUCCUUGGAAAAGUCUGAAGAAGUCAUCGAUGACUUAGUGUCCUCCCGGUUUUCCGCAAACACUCACAGUCUUGCAAGUGGCUUGUCAACCACCAGCCUUAACAGCAUGAUGAGUGUUUACAGUGAAACAGGAGACUAUGGCAACGUGAAGGUCAGUGGUGAAAUCCUUCUCCAUAUCAGCUACUGCUACAAAACUGGAGGGCUCUACAUUUUUGUGAAGAAUUGCAGAAAUCUGGCCAUAGGAGAUGAAAAGAAACAGAGGACAGAUGCUUAUGUCAGGUCAUACCUUCUUCCUGACAAGUCCCGAAACAAUAAGCGCAAGACCAAAAUCAGAACAGGUACCAAUCCAGAAUUCAAUGAAACACUAAAGUACACCAUCAGCCAUACCCAGCUGGAAACAAGAACUCUGCAGCUCUCAGUCUGGCAUUAUGAUCGAUUUGGACAUAACAGCUUCCUCGGGGAGGUGGAGAUUCCUUUUGACUCAUGGAAUUUUGAAAAUCCAAAUGACGAGUGGUUUGUGCUUCAGCCCAAGGCAGAGUUUGCUCCUGACAUCGGCCUUCAGUACAAAGGAGAGCUGACAGUUGUUUUAUGCUACAUUCCCCCAAAGGAGAACCUGAUGCUUCCACUAGGACAACUUCAAGGAAAGAAGACUUCUAAAAAAGGAAAGAAGAAGGAAUCGCCUGUAAUCUCUGGAGGAGUCUUAGAAGUGUUCAUCAAAGAGGCCAAGAAUUUGACAGCAGUGAAGUCAGGAGGCACUUCUGAUAGUUUUGUGAAGGGCUACCUGCUCCCUGAUGAUAGCAAAGCCUCCAAGCACAAAACUCUGGUAAUAAAGAAGAGUGUUAACCCUCAAUGGAAUCACACUUUCACAUUCAGUGGCCUGCAUCCCCAGGAUAUAAAGAAUGUUUGCCUGGAACUUACAAUCUGGGACAAGGAGGCCUUCUCCAGCAACAUCUUCUUGGGAGGAGUUCGUUUGAAUACUGGAAGUGGUGUGAGCCAUGGAAAGAAUGUGGAUUGGAUGGACUCUCAAGGGGAAGAGCAACGCCUUUGGCAGAAGAUGGCCAGCAACCCUGGGACUCCUGUAGAAGGUAUAUUUCACAUUAAACUGAGCCUUGCCUCUGGCAGUUGGCAGAAAGGAUUUCCUCCUACAAUGGUGUCAUUGAUGGCCUCUGAAAUUAGAAAAGGAAAGAAAUAGUAGGAGGAAGUCUACGCCGGCAAAACAGUAACAAAAAUUGGAUCGGUGAAGGUUUGAACAAUAGCCAGGGAAAUUGGGACACAGUAAGGAUUCCAAAGGAUUAUCUGAAUCAUCUGGAUUGUGAAUUUAAUAUAUUUAUUCCAGAGUCCUGAUCCAAAGCUACUGAACCAAAAUCCCCAGAAAUCUCCAUCAUUUUUAUUAAGCAUAUUUAUCAAAUUGUGUUCCAUCACUUCUAAUACAGGUGGAUCACAGUUUGAGAAACACUGCAUCGGAGGACAGAUUAGCUAAACUGUAUUUUCAGACUAACUCUGUCAUGAUGGAUGCUUGGAUUUGGCUUUGAAGUAGUCUCUCUUUUGGCUAAUCUGGAGAUGAUUAAUUUAAAGCAACCGUGGUGAGGAGCAGAGUCUAGUUUAGCUCAAAUCUUGACUCGCCUGCUUAACCAACCAUGUGACCUCAAUUAAGUUAAUUAUCCACUCGGGGCCUUAACUCUUCUGGGGAUGGGGGUUCCUUUCAUAUUUGGAAAAGGGAAGUAGAAUAUAUAAUUUGUAUUCCCUAUAAAUGACAAAAAAAAAAAAACUGAUAUAGAAUAGUAGAUCAUGUUUUUCUCCCCAAUAUUUCAGCACAAGGAGAAAACUGCCCUUACCUU